AUGGCAUUUUUUAAUAGCCUCUUUUCAAUUAUAAAAAAACUAACCAUAUUGGCUGUGUUGGUAGCCAUAGUUAUUCCGAUUUAUUAUAAUUCAACAAAUCCAAAAUAUUUGGGACUACGCUUUUUACACUCCUUAAUAUCAAUUAAAAAUACUUUCGUGUCUGAUACAGAUCGACCUAUGUUGAGUCCUGAAUAUCGAGCAUUUGAAAGUAUGCUUCGACGACGACCUCUUUUUCAAAUUGAUCCAAAUCUAGAUCCGCUGGAACUAGCAAAAAAUAUACGUGCAUCAUUUCCACUUGAUACAAUUGUUCCUCGCUCAUCUUCAUGUCACGUGGACAAACAUGUAUAUGAAAACGAAGGACACACAGUUGAUGCACAUUGGAUUCAUCAUGAAAGAGCUAAACCAAAAUUAAAUGCUGAUAGAAUCAUCAUUUAUCUGCAUGGUGGAGGUUACAUAGUUGGUGAUGUACAAGCCUAUAGUGGUUUUGAAUGUCAUUUAUCUCGACUUUUCAAUGUCACUGUAAUUCAUUUGGAGUACCGUCUUGUUCCUGAACAUCCAUUGCCAGCAGCAGUUGACGAUGCACUAACACUUUAUCGUGCACUUCUUCAUGGUGGCAUUUCUGCUUCUCGUCUAGCCAUUAUGGGAGAUUCAGCUGGUGGUGGUCUUACACUAUUGACAAUUCAAGCUCUUCUUGCACGUCAAUUACCUAUACCUCGUGCUGCUGUUACAAUGUCACCAUGGGCAGAUUUUUCGGCGUCUGGUCAAAGUUAUACCCGUAAUCGUUUCACUGACUUGAUGAUUCGAGCCGAGAGCCUAGCAUGGGGUAUACAACGAGUUUUAGGUCCGAAUCAUGAGCAAAUACUUCGUGAUGAUCCAUCAUACAGUCCGCUAUUUGGUUCAUUCAAAGGAUUUCCACCACUUUACAUCACAGCUGGCACAGCCGAAAUCUUGGAGGACGAUGCCAAAGGGGUAGCUAAUAAAGCACGUGCAGAAGAAGUUGAUAUAACAUUAGAAAUGGGUCAAAAUUUAAUGCAUGUUCAUCCUCUUUUUGUUAACUAUUUUCCUGAAGCAAGAGAUACUCUUGAAAAUAUUCGUCGGUGGCUCGAACCAAAGUUUCAAUGA